AUGACAACAAGUUUAGCUCCUAACGUUGAUCGUAAUCAACCGCUGGACAAAGAGAUUCAGGAUCAGGAGAAAUUAAUGAUGAAAAAUAUGAAGGUGAGAUUUAAAUUAUUUCAAGGCUUGCUCAUCUUUUAUAUCGUUUGGUUUCAGGCAGAAUAAAAAAUAAAUACUACAUAUAAUGUUGUAGUACACGUCUCUCUCAUAAAGUAUUUGAUGGAUACGAACGAGUAGGAGGUAAGGGUAGCCGAUUUUUUAACCCACGUAUUAUUGUAUAAUCCAAGUUUUGUACAAUAUACGUUUUUUACUUGUCCAUGAGAAACCUUUCUUUUUGUCUGUUAACGCUUGGCAGGGUCUAAAAUUUGCAGUAUCCCGAUAUCCACAGGAUACUAAAAUUUUGUUUUCGAUAUCAAACUUGGAAUGACUUGUAUCCCAAUUGGAUAUUACAAAAUUUCAAACAUUAGGAUAACGCUAAAUGUCUCCAGGCGUCUCUCAAUAGCUUGGAAUACUAUGAGUCUGCUUUCUUAAAAAUAGCCAGCAUUUGAUUUCUAACUUGGUGGUCUAGUUGUUGACUCUUGAGCCUCUUGUUCUUAUACAAUGAGAGACAUGUACUGUAUACGUCUGUGGUGGUUCAUGCCACAAUUUAUGGUAACUAAUAUCCGGAAGUGGGAUACUGGAUUCUCAGAUAGGGGCUAGAACGUUGGAUCCUGGUAUCCCAGUGGGGUACUGAUAAUUUUAAAUUUCGGAUUCUGCUUGGUGACUGCUUUUCCGUGCCGAUCAAUAGCAAAUCCAACAAAAAAUCUAGAAUCCAAGAGAUGAAUAAGAUCCGAAUCUGCGAUUAAUUUUAGGUCAAAAUCCGCCGAUCCGCAAACCUAUUCACUCCCUACCCUGUCGAGAUGACCCCACUUUCUUCAGAAAAUCCUCUGCCCGAAACGUCCAACUAUUUGGAAUCUUUCUAACGUGGUGGAGACACACCCAUUUUUAAAGUGUUCUAUGACAAUAGCUUUGCAUCGUUCAGCACGUCGGCUUUAAUGUAAAUGUGUUUUUAAUACGGAAUCCAUUUUUCGUGUUUCAGCAUAUGAACAUAUCAUUAAUAUCGUGAUGCAAAUUCUGAUUUUCAUUUUAACCUCUGUUGCAGAAAUUCUUGAAUGAUAAUAUCCAACUGCAGGUAUAGUAUUGCAGUGUGCUGUUCGCAGAGUAGUUUCGGUCAUAUUGUAGAUGCUCAGAUGAAAAAUAGGAUCUAAUAAACGCCCUGCGGGUAUAAGUUAUAUACCCGUCGAAGGUUACGGACUGGUAGCCGAAAGCUUGUAAUUAAAUAUGAAAUUCUUUGGCCAUUUCAUUCUUAUAAACGCCACUAUUAGAUAAGACGCCUUUAAAUAAAGAGGGCUGUUUACCACAAAAAGUGGUUUGACGAAUGAUUCAAAACUUGGGGCUUUCAUUAAAGAUUGGACGUUUAUUAGGUAAUAUACGAUAGCUUAUGAACUUAUUAAUUUAAGUUGAAAUAUAAUUUAACAUCCCGACCCAAACUUUCAAUGUAUGUUCUUGCAAACCAAAUGCCUGAUUGGAGGGUUGCAUCGUUCAAUUCCUCAUAUUGGUAUAUUAUCUGCUCUCACUAUUUUAGGUCAGUGCCCUAUAUGCAUUGCAAGUAUUCUGUCAUUGCAACGAAUUUCCAAAAGGUGUGUAUUUACUGAAGGCAUGUACACUGUACUUGUAUUUAUUCUUUCUAAUUCGGAUAUGCAAAUGCCUUGAAACGAUAUCUUGACUUUCAUGCAGGAUUAUUGUUAUGUACACUGCAUGUAUGUAUGUAUUGUUAACGUAUGUUUAUAAUGUUGAAACACUAAACAGGCUUAUAUUUGUAUGGGGAUGUGCCGGAUACCGGUAUCGGAUAUCCGGUAACAUACAUCCGGCAUUAUCCGGUAUGCUGUAAUAUUUAGCGGGAUAUUAUUGGAAGUAGGAUGCGACAGGGCUUUAUCCAAGCACUUUUGCUGACCCCCGUUUUAGAAAAGAUUCCGUUUUUGUGACGCAGGAAUGUAGCAAAGGUGGAAAGUCCUUGAAAGAUUUUGCUAUUUCCGCAUCUUAGACUAUGUUGCCGCUUCCUUGCUCGGAUAUAACCGCGUGGUUUGCGAAUGUAAACAUUUCGCGGGCAAUAUGCAUCGAUGUACUCAUAGUCGAGCGUAUUUUUUCUGCUGCUUUUUUACUCUUCCAGUUCAAGGUUGUGUAAAUUUUCGAUUUUAGUUGAAAAAAUUACUUUCUAUUUGUAAUAUUAAUUUUUUUGUUAUUCUUCAAUCAUUCAUUCCAUUUCAUUUUGUGCUGAUUUGAUCGAAAUAUUUAUCAGAAAUCCAAACAUGCAUGCCAUCUAAGCAUGGUGGGCACAAGACACAAAAUAUACGACAGAGGUAACUUUAUAACAUAAACAUGUCGUUUCAUUUUGAAAAACAAAACAGCUCAAAUAACCCUGUUUCUUGGAAUUCCCAAAACUAAAGCGUGUGAAAAUGAUUUUUUGUUGUUUUUUCUUUUCGUUGGGGGAAAGAUUCAGUUUAAAAACUCAAUCCAAGAUUGAGUUUUGACUUCCGUUUACCGGAGGUGAGUUGGUGGUUGGAUAAAGCCCUGAUGUGAUAAUUCAAGAUUUUUAGUCGUACCUGGCUGAUACUCCAAUGAUCAUUGCCGCGUACUUCAGCUGCUACAUACUUAAGACCUAGUCUUUAAGACUUAGUCUUUAAAAUGAAGUACAUAAAGUACAAGUUUCUGAAAGGUAUUAAUUCAGUAACCUGAAACCACGAGUUAGAACAAGAAGGACGACAACUGCACACACAAACACUAGAAUCGACUCAUUCCUUAUGCUUCGUCCCAUCAAUCCAAUCAUUUUUCAUGCUAAGACAUGUCAGACGUGCCCAUAUACAGGCUUAAUUACGGUUUGAAUACAUUGGGUUUGGUAAGGUCAUAUGGUACCAGCAAAAUGUAAGUACGCAAAUAGCGAGAGUUCCGUGUACCUACGUGGUACUUGGCUGAAAACAAAGAAGUAUCAGACCGUAAUAUUGGCGUAAUCUGGUACUAUGAAACUGUAAAAACGUAUGCUUUGUCUUUUUUGUGCGUUGCAAAAUUGUGGAGCAAGAACAAUUACUUGACAGAAAAUGUUUUCGUGAUGUAAACUGCUCUCUGCUGUAGAUUAGCUGCCCACUCCUGCACCAGAUAUAUUUAUGGACUUAUAAUGUAUACUAAAACAAUAUAGUAUAUAUUAUGGGGGAAAAUAGUCGAGUACCACUAUUAUACGGUUAUCAUUUUUCCCUAGACUACUAUCCGGUACCAUCCGGCAAAACAGUAUCCAGCACAUCUGAGCUCACUGCACUUUCACUUAGGAUUGUUAUAGUCGAUUUCACGAAACUUUGACCCCAAAUGUCCCGAACUUCGUUGCGAAGUUCGCAAGUUCGUUGCGAAGUUCGCAAGUUCAUAUUGGAAUUCACAAGCCAAUUUAUAAACAAAAUCCCUGAUUGAUCGCUGAAGUAAAAGAAGCCAAUCAAAUGCGUAGUUUGCAAACUGGUUUGUGGAUCUCAUUAUGAAGAUUUGUGGUCAAAGUUUCGUGAAAUAGACUGUAUAUUUGUGAUGUUGAAUCAAAACAAUAUCUUUAUAUUUUGUUUCAGGAUUGUUGUUACGUAUGUUUGUGACGUUAUAUGAUCUGGAAAUCAUUGAAGAAGACGCCUUCAUAUCAUGGAAAGAAGAUGUGAAUGACCAACAUCCAGGCAAAGGACGAGCUCUCUUUCAGGUACUGUACGUAAUUUUUGCCACUGAUUUCAAAACAGCCUACCGUUGUUUACAUGAUUGUUGUAUCCAAAUGCUGAUUGGUCAGCUGAAGUGA